AUGUUAGCUAGACUUACUAAACCACAAUCAAAAUUUGUUCCAAUUGCACUAGGUGCAGCUGCUAUUGCCGCAACAGCAUUUUAUUUGAAUAGAAAUAAUUCAAAUGUUAUUAAAAAUGAUUCAAAAAAAGUAUUUGUUGGUGAUAAUCAAUGGAUUGAUUUACCAAUUGAAAAAAUUAUUGAUGAAUCUCAUGAUACAAGAAAGUUUAUCUUUAAAUUACCAAAUGAUGAUUCAAUUAGUGGUUUAACUUUAGCAUCUGCUGUAUUAGCAAAAUUUGUUACACCAAAGGGUUCAAAUGUUAUUAGACCUUAUACACCAAUUUCGGAUUUAAAUGAUAAAGGAUUUAUUGAAUUUGUUAUUAAACAUUAUGAUAAUGGUAAAAUGACAUCUCAUUUAUUUUCUUUAAAACCAAAGGAUACCGUUUCAUUUAAAGGUCCAAUUAAAAAAUGGCAAUGGAUACCAAAUUCUUUUGAUUCAAUUACUUUAUUAGGUGCAGGUACUGGUAUUACUCCAUUAUAUCAAUUAGCUCAUCAUAUUACUCAAAAUCCAAAUGAUAAGACUAAAAUUAAAUUAUUAUACGGUAAUAAAACACCAAAUGAUAUCUUAUUAAAGAAAGAAUUAGAUAAUUUACAAUCUAAGUAUCCCGAAAAAUUUGAAGUUGUUUAUUUUGUUGAUAAAGCUGAAGGUAAUUUUAAAGGUGAAACAGGUUUUAUUACUAAAGAUUAUUUACAAUCUCAUAUUAGUAAACCUACAGAAAAGACUCAUGUCUUUGUUUGUGGUCCUCCUCCAUUCAUGAAGGUUAAUUCAGGUGAAAAAGUUGGACCAACUGAUCAAGGUGAAUUGGUUGGUUCAUUGAAGGAUCUAGGUUUCACUAAAGAACAAGUAUUCAAAUUCUAA